AUGCAAGCGGAUGAAGACCAGGCUCCUGAGCAUCUUGCCGACAAUCCAUUUCUUUCCCCGCGCCAUGUUUGUGUUGUCAAUCAAUUGCCACCCGAGUUAUUAUCUCAAAUCUUCGAGUUUGGCGUCACCAAUGUGGAUGACGGUGAAUUAGAGUCGGACGCAAAUGAAGCGGAUGAGGACGAAAUUCUUGCAGAGUACUGGAACAAGUCUAGAGACGGAAGGCUAGUUGUUCAAGACGAGAAUACCUCUCAACUCGAGCAAACCAGGCUCGAGAAAUCUGUUAUUGAAGAUACAUAUGGCGGUAACCCUGAUGUUCCUCCUUCACCUACCGCAAGCUCUUCUAGUUCUUCAAGCGAUUCAUAUGAGCCGAUCUUCCAGGUCUUAGUAUCUCACGUAUGCCGACAUUGGCGCGAAGUCGCGCUCUCUACGCCUUCUCUUUGGACAAACAUCUCUGUUACUGCAAAUGACCAAUCUCCAUUUAAUCGCAUCGAAGUUUGGCUCAUCCGUAGCAAAACGCUCCCAAUAGACAUCUUCAUCGACUCUGAGCCCCUGUCGCGUAGCCAAGGUGCAUUAUCUGGAAGUGAUUCUUCCAAUGGCGCCGGUCUUUCUUCGGAUUCCGACAUUGUUCUCAAAUCUAUGUCAGAAUCGGACCUAGCCAAGCUCCUCGACCUUUUGAUUCCGCAUGUGCCACGAUGGCUGUCCUUUCAUCUUGACGCGGUGUCGUACCCCCUCAUGUUCACCUGCAUUCAUCUUCUCUCGUCACCUUCAACACCAGCUGCCGAAUGCCUCAGAAUGCUUGAGCUUUAUCACCAUGAGGAUACCGACUCGCCAUUCCGCCCCGCUGAUCAUCCGCAGUAUGGUCAACAUCUCACUUUGUUCGAUGGUAAAGCACCCCGUCUCCAGAGUAUCGCUCUAUGGGGAGUCCACGUCGAUUGGUCCCAAGGAUGGCUGGAGGGGAAUGUACACUUGAUUGACCUGGAAUUGGCCUAUCAUUCAAUAGAAGUUCGGCCGUCGUGGGCAGCGUUUAGUUGCAUCCUUCGGGAAUCGCCGAACCUCGAAACGUUAACGCUUAGCUCGUCCGGCCCCGCAGGCGAACCGCACGAAUGGGGAGUUGCAACAGAUGGGGAGAACAAUGCAUUUCCAGGCGUCGAGCUUAAUGGGUUGAAGAAUUUGGUCUUGGCCUACCUGCCACCUUCCUACGUCAUUGGCCUUUUGCGGAGACUUGUAAUUCCAUGUUUACAGAGUCUUGCCCUUGAUAUUGAAGACGACUGCACAGAGUUGGUUCAGCACCUCGUAGGGCCGGGUAGUCGGAGUUCACUCCCGACUGAGUGGAAGAACCCCUUGAGCAGUCUUGAAAACCUGAAGCUUGCCGGUCUCCCUUGCGAUGGGGGAAGCGUAUCAAAGCUAUACAACCAACUAGAUGGGCUGAAAUCCCUCAACUUAGACAUGAACUUUUUGACUCGCCCCUUUUUUCAAUCCCUUUCAGCACGUCGUACAACAUCUGACGGCUCUCAAAACACCAUUUACCUACCGGCGCUCUCCUCUUUGACUACUUGUGGAAUAUCAGGCGACGAGAUGCGCGAACUGGUGACCAUACGCAAGGAAGCCGGCCACCCUCUCAAGACAGUGUUCAUGGAUGAGGCGGACGGUGUGAGCGAUCAGGACGUAUCCUGGCUUCGGGAACACCUAGACCGGUUUGACAUGUUCGCAAGCAGCGAGGACGAAUACGAACUUGAAUGGUCAGAGGAUUCCGAUGCGUCUUCACUCUCGGAGGCUGGGGAGGAUAGCGAAUGGGAAGAUGUUUGA